CUAAGAGAGGCCGACCAUGUUAAAAAAACACAACAAAAGAGACGACUUUGUUGAAGUAAACAUACCAGUUUUGCAAACAGUAUUGUUAAACAAGUGAUUUACCUGCUAUAUUUAGAAGAAUACAUCGAGUGGAGCAAAGGAAGUGGAUACCCAAGGAUUACAUUUUGCAAGUUCUGGGGGGAAAAAACUUGGUGACAAAGUGGAACAUAAAUAACCAAUAAUCCAGCAUACAUAAAUAAAUAAGAAUUUAAAGAAAAAAGAUGCAGAAUUAGAAUAGAAUCAGUUUGGCAAUACUCUGCAUAGUUCAUUUUGCCUUAGCUGUUCCAUUCCAGGAUUUGAACUUUCUAAAACCUGCUCAUGUAGUAUAAUUUUAUAUACUCUGUGCAGGUGUACUAUAUUUAUGCAUAUAAAUGUUUAUUUCUUCAUUUGGAAGAGCUCCAUGUUAAACCUAAUCUUGUGAUGUCAGUUGCUCUUAUUUAAAGAGGUCAUACUGUACAUGUAUAUAAAUGCAUUUGUAAAUAUAUAUAGUCUUUAUUGAUUCAUUUAGAAUGAGACAUUGAGAACACUGUAUAUACAUUAUUAGAAUUUUUAUAAACUAGUGUUGUACAAAAGAAAGUGGAAAAACAAGCAACUUAUUAAGACAAAGGUUAAACUUAGAACCUUUGGUAAAUAUAAAAGUGAAGAAGAUACUGGAUGGCUACUGCAAGGAUGGAGAGUGUAGGCCCUGUGAUAAUGGGGAUCAGCAAGCAGAAUGGCCAGUUUAGAGGACAUACCAAGCCAUCCUCUCAAACUGGACCCACAGGUGAGAGUAGUCAGCCUGGAAAGAUUCCUGCUGUAGCCCAAAACCCUGCUGGGGGCUCUCAAGAAGGACCUGGAAUCAGGUUUGGUGAUGACUGGAAAAAAAGACUUCAGCUCCCACCCAAAGACAACAGAAUCAAAACAUCAGAUGUAACAGCCACCAAGGGGAAUGAGUUUGAGGACUACUGCUUGAAGAGGGAGCUAUUGAUGGGCAUCUUUGAAAUGGGCUGGGAGAAACCUUCCCCCAUUCAGGAAGAGAGUAUACCCAUUGCACUGUCUGGUCGUGACAUCCUGGCUCGUGCCAAAAACGGGACAGGAAAGAGUGGGGCAUACCUGAUACCCAUGUUGGAGAGGAUCGACCUAAAGAAAGACCACAUCCAGGCCAUAGUGAUGGUGCCCACCCGUGAGCUUGCCCUGCAGGUCAGCCAGAUCACCAUCCAGCUUAGUAAGCAUCUGGGUGGAGUCAAAGUCAUGGCAACCACAGGGGGGACCAACCUACGGGAUGACAUCAUGCGUCUGGAUGAGACAGUGCAUGUUGUCAUAGCUACACCAGGGAGGAUUCUGGACUUAAUCAAGAAGGGAGUAGCCAAAGUGGACAAAGUUCAAAUGAUGAUAAUGGAUGAGGCUGAUAAGCUGCUGUCUCAGGAUUUUGUGGUGCUAAUUGAGGACAUUAUUAGCUUCCUGGCCAAGAACAGGCAGAUUUUGCUCUAUUCUGCUACCUUUCCAAUCAGCGUACAAAAAUUUAUGGUGAAACACCUGCAGAAGCCCUAUGAGAUUAACCUGAUGGAGGAAUUAACCCUGAAGGGCAUCACACAGUUCUAUGCUUAUGUCACUGAGAGGCAAAAAGUGCACUGCCUCAAUACACUCUUCUCAAGGCUGCAGAUCAAUCAGUCCAUUAUCUUCUGCAACUCCACUCAGAGAGUGGAACUCCUUGCCAAGAAGAUAACCCAACUGGGCUACUCUUGUUUCUACAUUCAUGCCAAAAUGAUGCAGGAGUAUCGAAACCGUGUUUUCCAUGACUUCAGAAAUGGACUGUGCAGAAAUCUGGUCUGCACAGAUUUAUUCACCCGAGGCAUAGACAUCCAGGCAGUAAAUGUGGUUAUCAACUUUGACUUUCCCAAGAAUGCAGAGACCUAUCUGCAUCGUAUUGGACGCUCAGGGAGGUUUGGUCACCUGGGUCUGGCCAUUAACCUGAUCACAGCAGAGGAUCGCUUUAACCUGAAGGUCGUUGAGGAUCAGCUGGUGACUGAAAUUAAACCCAUCCCUGGCAACAUUGACAAAAGCCUAUAUGUAGCGGAGUUCCACUCAGCCAGCCUCAACUCUGAGGCAGAGACACAGGAGCAGGAGACCCUGCCCCUUGCAGUGAAGCCUCAAGCUCUCUAAGUACCACCACAACCAGCCAGGUCAGUACCUUACACAGUACCUUACAGAAGAUACUUUGAAUGGAAAAGUUGUGAGUGGAUAUAUUAAGUGCAUAAUUAGACUAGUUUAAAGGCAUAUCAAGGAACUGUGUAUGUGUACGCAUUGCAUAGUAAAUAAUGUUGUUCCAUAGUGAAGCAGUCUGUGAAGUCUUAUAAUUAGCCAAUGAAAUCUUUUGAUUGUAAUGAUCUGUUCUGCUUUCCUUUCGGCACAGCUUUUUCACACCAGAAUUUGGCAUUGUUCUACUCUCUCUUCACAUUCACCUUUUUUUUUUUUCCCCUCUAUUCAGUUCAGAAAUCUUUGGCAGGAACUGUCAGCUACACAUGUAUUAUGCUUUGCACCAGAACUUGAGGUUGGCUUAGGGAAUGAACCUAUACAUUCCAGAGUCCAUUUAAAAAUAAAAAGGUCUAGUGAGAAUAAAGAUUUCACAAUCUGUGAAAGAUUUGCAAGUACCUCUGGCAAAAAGUGAAUGGCUUAAGUUUUAAAGCAUCAAUGCUUCUUCUUGUUUACUUGGCAACAUUUAACAGCAGAAAAAAAAGGAAUCCAAAGACAAGAGUCUCUGUAUUUUCUAAUGCAGAAUGUUUGUCCUUUAAAGCUUGUAGAUAUAACCGUAAUCAGUAGCUUCAGGAAUACAAGCAGUACCAGAUACGCAGACACAUUUCACACAAGCACAUUUCACACAUUUAACACCAUCGGUGCCGAAUACACAGACACAUUUCGCAUGUUUAACACAAAUGGUGCCGUAUGCGCAAACACAUUUCUUCACUCCCGGAAGUGCCUUAACAUGUCUGGUCAGCUGCAAACUUUCAGAUGGCUUUCUAUGUCUUUUAUCUAAAAUUCUAAAGUAUGAACUGACAUGAGAAUUUAUUGCAGUAGUGUGAAAGGCUAAGCAUAUGUUUAAAAUCUUUAUAGUGGUGCUAUUCAGCAGUGAAAGAGUAUGUUUAAGGGCUUGAUUACAAGAACAUUUGAGUCUCUCAACAAGUUCUUUUUACUUGUGAGGUAUGUGAAGGAAUGAAAAUAUGCCAAGCUGCCAAGCGCCGAGUACCUCUUUGCAAGCUGUAAAAAUACUUUAGUGAACCAGUCUCAUAUAAUGAGACCGAACCAUAACCUGCAUCUCGCUUGUUUUGAUAGGUGCUUUUGACCUCUUUCAUCACUGAAAUGAUUGUUGGCAGUACUGUAUGGCAGUAAAUGAUUGAUUCAUAGGCUCAGAAGGAGACUUAAAGUUCAUACUACCUGACAUUUUCAGGCAUAAUAUUCCAAUCUACAGAUAUAUUGCAAUAAGACAUGGCAGCUAAAGAGCUUUUUUUUAUAUUGUUAAAGAUUUGUUAGUAUUGCUAAGUCAUCUUUUUAAUGUUCCUAAUGCUGGAAUUAACAGUCCUAUCUUAAGCAGGGUCACCAGCAAUUUCUCAGACAUCUUGGUGCAGAUCACGUUUUAAUACUAAACAUAGCAUACCUUUAAUACAAUGAGUCAUGUGAAAGUCUAGGAUGCAGUAAAUGGCAAGGGUCUGAGAACCAUCCAGACAAAUUACUCAGCUGAGUGCUCGCAAAGGAGUGUUUAGAGAUAAAGUUAUGUAUGCCCCAGCAAAGAUCUGUGUGCAAAGCAUAAAAAUUUUCUUCUUUUAAAUUUUUAUUAGAUUAAAACGCUGGCUUAACUUUUUUUUUUUACUAGUCUUUCAUAUGAGUACUUGGAAGAAAACAUUCUGGUAGCCUAAUUAAAUCAACAAUUUUAUGUGGGAUUUUGUUUGUUUUUGUUUUGGUUUUUCCAUUGCAAAACUGGAAAUCAUUUGCAUGAAAGUGUCGUAUUUUUGCUUUACAUUUGGUGGGAACAUUGAUCUUUUGGAAUUAUUAUAUAAUGGAUUUUGUCAUGUAUAUUGAAUUAUAAAUUGGGAAUGAAUUUGAAUUGAAUCUUAAUUUAAUUUGAAAGCAAAACUGUAGCAUUCUCUAACUGGCAGCUUCCCCCACAUACUUAAAAAAUACACUUACUGCAAACGGUGAAUACAAAAAACUUAGGCUACUUCAUUUUCAAGAGUGAAUUGUCUUUAUUUUGUUUAACAUUGAUUUUAAGCAGGGGUAGGUAGUGUCUAACUCUGUGUCUUAGAGCAGAAAUCUCAGCUUGCUUUUGUUUGCUUUUAAUAGACCCAGCAUAGUCAAUGAGGCUUAGUGUUUAACUUUUGGGAAUAACCGACAUCACAUCACCAGUGCUGUGGUGUUAUACUCAAGGCAGUAACAGUGCAACCAAAGAAUGACCAGUAGCAUAAUUCUGCCCUUCACCUUAUGUAAGUGUACAUUUUCAGAACCUUGUGAAUUUGAAUGCAGUCUGACUCAGCUGUUCAAGUUGGUGCACAUUAACUUUAAAAGCCGCCUUUAAGAGCAGAAUUAUCCUUAAGGUCAUUUUAGUCUCUGUGCAACCUGUUACUUCAACAUAACCUAUGAUGUUAUAGGUUGAGCUAUUAUUUCCUUAGUAAAACUUUUCAGAAAGUUUGUGAAUGAUUUAUUCUGAAUGUAAACAUACAGUUUACAGAAAAAAAAUGAGUGUACGGUCUUGAGAUCUUUGGUUUUCUAACAGGUGGGUGAUAAUACUGAUUUUCAGGACUCAAACUGAAGCAUAACCAAAAAGUGUGUUCAAAUGUGGCGUGUUCGCAAGCAUAGGUGUGUGUGUGCCUCUGUGUGUUUGCCUGUGUCUGCGCACGUGUGCCUGCAUGUGUCUCCUGUGUAUGUUG